UUUACGUUCCUGAACCUUUUGUCCAAAAGAUCCCUGCACCAAACAUACACAAAAGAACAGCUGACUCUUUGUUGUUUACGCCAAUUUGCGCAACAUUCUAGUCCAUCGCCGAUUUCGGAUCACUCCGCAUCGCCAAAAUGGCACAAAAUGUGCCAUUUUCGAAGCAAAUGCGCAUAGCUACUCGAGAAAUACACAAUGUUAGUGAUGCACUUGUGAACGCAAAAUUAGCCUUCGCUCUCUACGACAGUCGUGUUUGGGCUGAAGGGCUGCUGAUCUUCUACGACGUGUUCAAACACCUCGAACAACGCGUACCGCAUGAUUUUCUCCCACCGGAGCUGCAUCGAACGGCACAGUUUGAGCAGGACCUUCGCUACUAUCUCGGCGAACGGUGGCUCGAACGCCACACCCCAAAGGCGGAAGUGCGUGCCUAUUUGAAGCACUUGCAAGAACUCGAGCAGGAGAAUGCAAAUCUACUGCUGGCCUACGUUUACCAUCUCUACAUGGGACUCCUGUCUGGGGGACAAAUUUUACAGAAGCGCCGAUCUAUCGGUCGCCGAAUCAAUCCGUUCCGAAGAGCGGACGCAGAACCGGUCCCGGAUGCGGCCGUUACCACAUUCGAAGAUCACAGCAUUUACGAGCUGAAGCAACGUUUGCGCAAAAUUGUGGACGAUUUUGGCGCUCGGCUGGACGAGGAAACGCGCCAGCGAAUGUUGGACGAAAGCAGGAAAGUGUUCGAACUUAACAACACCAUCAUCCGGACGGUGGAGGGCGUUGGUUCGGCAAACAUGCGUAUCGUAAGGUACAUCGCGAUGGCAAUUGCUGCCAUCAUAUUAAUGCAGUACGUCGUGCGAAACCAGUUUGACCACGAGCAAGAGCAAACGUUGUGAUUUUAAAUGCAGAAGACGCAAGAACACUCUUGAACAAUGUAAUAUUUCGGACAUUUCAACAGUAAAGACAAAAUAAUACAGCAA